UUUUGCUCCAUUGCAGGGUACUUAUUGAAGCUUGUUGUUUUCGCGCGUAUGUUUGCAGAUUUUCCAACGUGUUCAUGAAAAGAUUGGAAAAGUGUGAUUGGGAAAUUCUAAAUAUUGAAUUUUUCAAUAGCAAAUCUGGAUAAAAGUGGGCAAGGAUUCUAAUAUUUGUUUUAAGUAACUUUUGUGAUUAAUGUUAUACUUUGUGAUUAAUUUGUUUUUUUUUUAUUAAUGUGAUUAAUUUGUUAUUAAAGUGUGAUUAUUCUUGAGACCGUACGUGAUUUUAACAAAGAUACUGGAAUAGUGACUGGAUAGGAAACUGCGCAGACAACAAUAGGCGAUUACGUUUAUCUUCCAAUCGCGUGUUUUGGAAAAGUUGUAGGGUAUAGUCAUUUCCGGUUUUAGUCUCACGACCAGGACAUUCACCGAAAAAAGCAACAUCCAAGAAUGGAUUUCACCUAUUUUAAUGGCCAAAUCGACGAAGAAUUACUUGAACUUGUUGUCGAGGAAACCGCUAUUAAAUUUUGUGAUGACAGUCAAAUUUUGUUAUUCACCAACAAACGAGGAGCAAUGCAAAGAAAAGGAAAGUUAAAGAGCCAUAUCGUAAGAAAAAGGGGGUGACUUUAAAGGAGAAAGAACAUGAUGCCCCUCAGAUUUGUAUGAAUUCAAUCAUUAAGGGUGCUUUAGAAUCGAUGGCCAACAAGACGGUUUUGGUGGAAAUGUAUGGAAAGUUCUUCAGAGGCUACUGGAGCUUGCAGGACCUGCUGAUACAAUAGGGUUCCCAAGAGGUCUUUUUAAGAACAAAUUGGAAAGCAAAACCAAUUAUUUGGAUUCCAUGUGGGAAAAUUUCCAGAAAGUAUGGAGGAUGAAAAUGUUAGAACAAAUGUGCAAGCACACUUGAAAUGCUCAGCUAUCAGGCAAAAAAUCAGUUAGCUGUACAACAAUACACGCCGUACAAGAAACGAAAGGAACUCCAUAUGGUUACAAUCGCUAGAAAUAAAACUAAUACGGUAGCCGAGUCUUUCACACAGCAAGAAAGCAUUGAUUCACGGAUUCAUUAUCGCAAAAGGAUGAUGGCAACAAAUACUGUGAACAGUUUGGCAUGGAAAUAUAAAAGCAUCAAAAGAAUUUAGGGAAGGUGUUUUGAAAGUGGCAUAUGGCAUAGUGCUAUGUUUACAAGUGCCUUUUUAGACCAUGCUAGCAUAACUACAAGGCAGUUAGUGCUGUGAAAUCAACCGCAAUAAGGAGACAGAGAAACAGCUAUGCAGAGUUUACUAGCAGUGAUUAUCAUUGGCUUGAUAGCCUCGGCGAUAGGAACCAACCAAUGCAGCACAAAAUAUUUAAAGGCGGGCUGCUUUCGCGAUGAGCACGAUGGUGACAGUCCGUUGCAAGACUUGAUUCUAACACGAAGAGAUUGGGCAGAUGACCGAUUUGAUGGCACUCUUAUUGAUUGGAAAAACUAUGAUACUUCGUUACAUUUGCUCUAUUGCAAAUGCGCUGAGCUUGCCAAAAGAAUGGGAUAUACGUAUUUUGGGCUGCAGUUUUAUGGUGAAUGCUGGUCUGGCAAUUCAAAUUCAUCGUCAAAGUUGGAAUCCAUUUUCAAGUUCAGAUCUGAUGAAUGCAUUGAAGGAAGCUUUGCAAAAUGUGACACAGAGUCCAAAAGAGAAUGCAUUGGAAAAAGUCAUGCAAAUUUCAUUUAUAAGCUAAAGUUAGAAAAGGCCAAAAAGAUUAUCAACGGUGGGUAUACCGAAUGGUCGGAAUGGUCACAUUGUUGCAGAUCAUGUGGCGGCGGAUCAAAAGUACGAGUACGUUCAUGUACAAACCCAGCUCCAUCUCUGGAUGGCAACGACUGCUCACAGCUUGGACCUGCUAUAGAAAUAGGAACGUGCAACAACCAUGGAUGUGCCGAAGCAUGCAGACAGGCAAUGGAUCUGGGCAUUAUCAUUGAUGCAUCACGGCAUGUAAAAAGGCGCAAUUUCAUGAAAAUAAAGAGAUUGGUAUCAAAACUGAGUGACGAUCUGGAGAUAUCAACUGAAGGAUCACAUAUGGGAAUUAUUCAUUAUGCUAAAUUUCCAUACAUUGAUUUUACACCAAGAGAUGUCCUAUAUCAUGACCGAAAACAGUGCAGAUCCAAGAUAGCUUCAAUCAUCUUUACAAAUGGUGGAAACCGUCUUGACAGAGCUUUACGUGCGGCUGAAAGUGAUUUUUUCUGUGACUUGUGUAUUCGAAGAGGAGUACCACAGGCUCUAUUGGUAAUAACAACAGGGAAAACUGGACCCAAAUCAGAGGAUUUAGCACUAGCUUCAGCUAAAAUGAAGGCAAAAGGCGUCACAAUCAUAGCUGUUGGAGUUGGUAAAAAAUUGCGAUCUGAUCAGUUGAAAAAAAUCGCCUCAGAACCUGCCAAAAAGCACGUGUUUAAGAUUGGUACUUUUGAUGGAUUGAAACUGAAGUUGAAUGAGAUUUUACAAUCGGCUUGCAAUGGAAGAGCGGCCUGAGCAAUUCAAUGACUUUUAACUCUUAUGUGGGUGAUCUAGAUUAAUGAUCAAAUGAGAUUAACAACAAGUAUUAGAUUAACAAGCAGUAACUCUUAUUCCUUUCUUUCAACUUUAAUGCAUCUUGUUGGCAUUUUGAGUCGUUUUUGAGUCAAAUAUCGUGCCUCUCUGAAGAAACUAAUUUCACAGAUUCUGUCGAUAUGGGCACGAGAUUUUGAAGGAUUUUAGCUUUAGAUUUGGAAGGAUUUGCGGUCAUACAGGGUUUUAAUUGAAAAGAGUAAUUAGGAAGUAAACAGGUCACAAGUUGCGGUCACAAGAAAGUAAACAGGUCUAAAUUAUGAUAAUUAUGAUAAUGAAUAUUAUCAUUUUCACUAUUAUUUUUAUGCGGGUGAUUUCUAUUCGUGCUCGUUCAUGACCCUGGUAUGUCUCUCACUGGACGAGCUGACCAAAGAAGUCCUAGAUGAAAUUCUGAGACAUAUUUGUCAAUCUUUUUUGUGCAAAACAAUGAGUUUUCAGAAGAGCUAAAUGACCGAAAAAGAUUCCGGCAGUUUCUUGAUGACAUAAUGGAAACAGUUCUUUUAAGAACUAGAAUAGUUUCUUGGCUAGAGGGAAGUGUAAAUGCUGGUGUUUCCGAGAAGGGCUGUUGCGCGGAGGAAAAAGUGGGUAGGAAGGGUUGUAAGGAAGGAAAAAAGAGGGAAGUUUAAAAAGACAGGUUUAUUUAGAUGUAAAUUUAACCAGAACGAAAAAAGGUGUUGUGGGAAUAUUUUGUUAGGAGUGGUGGUCGAAGAGUGGAUGGGUUACUACAAGAAAGGUAAAUGUAUGUGGGAAGAGAGGGAUUAGAGUGUGAGAAGCAUCAUCAACCUUCUUUCGAAGCCAAUAGUGUGUUGGCGGAUGUUGAAAGGGUGGUCAGCAGUGGCGAUGCCAAGAAGGCAAGUUCUACAUAUUUCUUCUAGAAACGGAUCAAAAAGGGCUAGGUAUUUCCUAAUAAAUAUUUCCUAAGAAAAAUUAACCUGCUACAAGAGGGGAUCUGAGAAAGGUCUAGUCACUGUUGCAUCAGUCUGGUUGAAGGUGAUACCCAAGAGAACGGGAAGGUAGUUUGUGAAGAGCUGGGCAGGGAGAGGGUUUAGAAAGCUGUAAGGUAGAGUAACGGGUGGAAAGAAGCGAUUAAAUUAGGGCGUUGACUGAAGAAGAUAUUAAGGCUCUCCAUUGUUAAGGCAGGUGUUUUACAGUGAUGGGAUCAUAAAAGUAUCUAGUCUGAAAGCAAAGGAUUGGAGUAUGAUGGGAAGGGAGCCUCAUACAAGAGAAAGGUGACAUUGACCCAUGUAAAUCGUUAUCUUUAUGCCGGAUCUUUAUGUUGUGUGUGGAACAAUGUAUGCAAGAACGACAAAGCCCAGCUGUACAACGAAUUAAGUAGCAAAAAUCGCAAGGCUAAACACAUUUUACGAAUGCUGAUGAGGCAAGAGAAUUGAGUAAGAAUUUGUUUGAGGUUUGCCUGUUCCGAUGUAGAGAUUUGACCAAACUACUAGGAAAAUUCCGUUAUUAUCAAAUUAAAAUGAAAGUUGCGAAUUAUAUACAGAUUUAAGUUGAAAACAUGCAUUGCAGAGGUUUGUGACAGCAACUAAAGAAGUUCAGACAAAAAUUUUGUAAUCAGGAGAAUUUGUAGUCCACCUCCACCCCCCCCCCUCCCCCCUAACAAGGCUUACCUUGCGACAGCUCUCCAUAUCAGCUGCCAUUAAAAACCUGUAUGAUAAAAAACAUGUCUGUGAAUGUAGGUAGACAAAAUCUCUUUAGAAGCUAAUAUUCUUCACAAAGUUGUCUGGGUUCGCAGCUCUCAUAUUUUCGUCGUCUUAUAAAAUAUUUCUCACACUAAUAAGGGCAGGGGCGCGGUGGCAGUUAACAUUUUGGGGGGGGGGCAAAGCUGAAAAUUUUCCGAUAAAACUAUGAUUUUUCCGACAAAUUUUUUCUCAAUACAUUCCUUGAAGAUUACCCUUGCUGCAUAUACUGCAACACUUGAUACUACAAUAUCACGAAUGGAUCUGGAAAUCGUUAACGAAUGGAUCGUUCGUUAUACACCUUGAAGUUCAACAAUAGCCUUUAUUCUAACAAAACUUACCAAAUAUAAAUCGCUAUGAACAAAACUGCAACUAGUUAUAAAUUUACACCCUACAAGUCUUCUCGCUAUACUAGACAAUAAACUGUCAAGUUAGUGUUUAUAGCUGUUCAUAGCAAAAAGUUUUUUUGGCAAAUUUUAAAUCGCAUCAUAAUUACUUUGCAUUUAUUUAUGCUAAACCUUAAAUAGAUAUAACGCGUCCAAAAGAAUAGUUUUCUUUUAACUGAAAUUUAUAUAAACUGUUACGCAAGCAGCAUCUUUCUCAAAAGAGGUGUGGCAGCAUACAAAUCGAUGAUGUCACCAUAGUCUAUCGACUGUAAAAUAUCACUUUCGACGUUGAUUGUUAUCAGAGAGGAAAGGCGGUCUUGUUCCAUUGUUGACCGUAGCCGAUUUUUUACAAUCCUCAGCUUUGAAAAAGCUCUUUCAUAAUUUGUUGAACCUAUUGGCAAAGUGACGAGAAUCUUGUAAAGAAGGACCAGCUGUGGGAAGGCACUUUGCAGGUUGUACUUAUCAUCAACUGAAGA